AUGGGGCGGAAAGUCAUUCUUGCCACGUGUUCGUUGAAUCAAUGGGCGUUGGACUUUGACGGCAACUUUGAGAGAAUACUGAAAAGUAUUGAGAUCGCUAAAGAAAAUGGAGCCAAAUACAGACUGGGCCCAGAGCUGGAAAUAUGUGGAUAUGGAUGUGCAGACCACUUUCAUGAAUCGGAUACAUUGUUACACUCUCUUGAAGUUCUCAAGAAACUUCUAGUAUCUCCCAUCACUGAGGACAUCAUCUGCGACGUGGGGAUGCCCAUCAUGCAUCGCAAUGUGCGUUACAACUGCCGGGUGAUAUUUCUCAACAGGCAGAUUCUACUGAUUCGACCAAAGAAGUUGAUGGCGAACCACGGCAUGUACAGAGAGAUGCGCUGGUUUGCACCUUGGACAAAGUUUCGGACUGUAGAGGAGUACUUCCUGCCAAGAAUGAUCCAGCAGGUUACAGGGCAGGAUAUAGUCCCAUUUGGAGACUGUGUGCUCUCUACCAAGGAUACCUGUAUUGGUACAGAGAUGUGUGAAGAGUUAUGGUGUCCUUCUAGCCCUCAUAGUCAGAUGGGCCUUGAUGGGGUGGAAAUUUUUACAAAUUCCUCUGCAAGCCAUCAUGAGCUCUGCAAGGCUGACCAAAGACUCAACUUGAUCAAGUCAGCCACCACAAAGAGUGGAGGCAUCUACCUAUAUGCAAAUCAGAGGGGGUGUGACGGAGACAGACUGUAUUAUGAUGGCUGUGCCAUGGUGGCUAUCAAUGGGGACCUUGUGGCGCAUGGAGCACAGUUUUCCUUGAAUGAUGUGGAGGUGAUAACGGCCACUUUGGACUUGGAGGAUGUGCGUUGUUAUAGAGGAGAGACGUGUCAGCUGCAGAUGGGGAGUGAAUCCAAACCCUGCCAUAGGAUCAAAGUAGACUUUUCUCUGUCCAGUCAUGAUGAUAUCUGCCUGCCCACCUACCAACCGAUGACAUGGCACUUGCAUAGCCCAGAGGAAGAAAUCAGCCUCGGGCCUGCCUGCUGGCUGUGGGAUUACCUAAGGAGGAGUGGACAGGCUGGCUUUCUGUUGCCUUUGAGUGGAGGUGUUGAUAGCUCAGCUGUUGCAUGCAUUGUCUACUCUAUGUGCGUACUGGUCUGCCAGGCUAUAGAAAAUGGCAAUAAACAAGUACUGCAAGAUGUUCGCAGGUUAGUUGGUGAUGACAACUACUUUCCUCAGCAGCCAAGGGAGCUCUGUGGUUUGAUUUUUACUACAUGCUACAUGAGCAGUGAAAACUCUUCAGUGGAUACUUUCAACCGUGCCAAGGAGUUGGCAGGACAAAUUGGGAGCACACAUAUGAAUGUAAAUAUAGGCGUGGUGGUAAAAGGCAUUCUGGGUAUUUUCUCAAUGGUUACUGGGAGGUGGCCUCAAUUCAGUGCCAAUGGAGGAAGCCACAGGGAAAACUUAGCGCUACAGAAUGUACAGGCUAGGGUGAGGAUGGUCCUGGCUUACUUGUUCGCACAACUUAGUCUGUGGAGUCGAGGAAAACCAGGAGGCUUGCUGGUGCUGGGUUCUGCCAAUGUAGAUGAGAGUCUUACAGGUUAUUUUACAAAGUAUGACUGCUCCAGUGCUGAUAUCAAUCCAAUUGGAGGGAUUAGCAAAAAUGACCUCAAGGGCUUUCUACUAUACUGUGUUGGGCAAUUCCAGCUCACAGCUCUGACAAGCAUCCUGGCUGCUCCACCAACGGCUGAACUUGAGCCUCUGACUGAUGGACAGGUGUCGCAGACAGAUGAGGCUGACAUGGGAAUGACCUACUCUGAAUUGUCAGUCAUUGGACGACUAAGGAAAAUCUCAAAAUGUGGACCUUUCAGUAUGUUUUGUAAACUCGUUCACACGUGGAAGGAUGUGCUGUCACCCUCAGAGGUUGCAUAUAAGGUUAAGCACUUCUUCAGGAUGUACUCGGUGAACCGCCAUAAGAUGACAACAGUGACUCCAUCCUACCAUGCUGAGAGCUAUAGCCCUGACGACAAUCGCUUUGACCUCCGGCCGUUCCUCUACAACACACUCUGGAGCUGGCAAUUUCGGUCUAUUGACAGUCAGUUUGCAGAGGAGUUUCUGGAGCAUGGCAACAUCUGCCAUAUCCAGACAUCUCCACAAGCUUGGAUUGACUUCGCCUGUGCUCUGCUUCAAUACCCAGCAGACAGUGAUCAUGACAUGAUCGUAAAGUGCAGUAUGCCACCUGCUUAA